ACCACUGUAUGCUGGACUUAAACGUCACGUCCGCACAUGAACUUGAAUUUUUAUCCCAUCGCAGGGAGCCACAGACACACAGAGCGGAGAGACAGAAAGAGAGAGAGAGAGAGAGAGGAGAGAAGAGAAAGGACAGAGCUCCCGGACAAGCAGGACGCAAGAGAAAGGCACGCGGGGAGAAAAGACAGGAAAGAAAGCAGAGAGCUCGCAGGUGUCCCGGUGCAUUUAAAAAAAAAAAAAAAGAAAGAAAGAAAGAAAGAAAGAAAGAAAGAAGAAGAUAAAUAAGAAGAGAAAAGAGGAGGUGGAGGUGGAGGUGAAGCCUGAUGUGGCCGGAGCGCAUAGAGGAGCAGAGCGCAGGGAGCCGGAGGAGCGCGCAGUCGGAAACACCGCGCCAGCACUGAGCUCGCGCUCUGCCGCGGACACACACACACACACACACACCCACACACACGCGCACACACACACACACACACACACACAUACAUACAUACACACACAUGCACAUACACACACACACACCGGGAUCAUCACAUGAUUAGAUUAAUGCAUUAUUCUUUCUAACCAAACUGAAACAGCACGUGCAUGCAUGAUCCGGAGCAGCUGAGCUUCGCUUCCUCGAGCUUCUUCGUCCUGAAAAUCAAAUCAAAUCAAAUCAAAAAGGAUACUGGACAAACACAUCGCACGCUUCUUUUUCUUCUUCAUCUUCUUCUUCAUCGUUUUCACCCUCACCUGAGCGCGUAAGAGCCUGAACCCGAGCGCGUGGGCAAGUCAACAAACUCCGAAAGUUCCUCCAAAAAAAAAAAAAAAAAACCAGAAGAAGAAAAAAGGGGGAGAAAAAAAAGGACACGGAGAAUCUGAGUACGCCGGGGAUGCCACUGUAGCUGCCACUGUAGCUGCCAGUGUAGAUGCCAGUGUAGAUGCCAGGCAGGGCGAUGUCCCGUCGCAAGCAGGGAAACCCUCAGCAUCUAUCACAGAGGGAGAUUAUAAGCACUGAAGCUGAGCAUGUGGAUGCAGACCUGUCGCUGGCCGAGCUCGCCGGCCACCACACCUCCAUGCUGCUGGACCCCAACAUGGUCGCCCCUCUGCCCCCGGGCCUCGGAGACCACGACCUCCUGACGUGUGGCCAGUGCCAGGAGACCUUCCCACUGGGCCACAUCCUGCUCUUCAUUGAGCACAAGAAGAAGCAGUGCCAUGGCCCCGCCGGCACCCACGGCUGCUAUGAUAAGAUGGCGGACCGCAGCAGCCCCUCGCCGCCGCGCACCGAGCUGAGAAAGGUGGAGGAACCGGUCGAAAUCGGAAUCCAGGUGACACCCGAGGACGAGGAUGAGAGACUGCUCACGCCUCUGAAAGGAAUUUGCCCUAAGCUAGAGAGCGGCCUGGCAGGUAGAGAUGAACCUUCGAGCUACAUAUGCACAACAUGCAAGCAACCCUUCCCCAGCGCCUGGUUCCUCCUUCAGCAUGCCCAGAACACCCAUGGGAUCCGUAUCUACCUGGAACCCAAUGGCUCCAACACUUCGCUUACUCCCCGGAUCACUCUUCCUCCUCCAAUUGGUGCUGAGUCCAUACCCCAGUCCCCUCUGACCAACUUCUUAGGGGACAACAACCCAUUCCAUCUGCUCCGGAUGACCGGGCCGCUGCUCCGAGAACCCACACCGGGCUUUGUUGAGAACCGUCUCCCAAACACACCCCCCUUUGUUAGCCCCCCUCCACGCCACCAUCUAGAUCCCCAUCGCCUGGAACGCCUUAGCGCCGAGGAAAUGGGUUUGAUUUCCCAGCAUCCCAGUGCCUUCGAGAGAGUGAUGCGCUUGACACCCAUGGCCAUGGAGACCCAGUCCAUGGAUUUCUCGCGUCGUCUGCGAGAGCUGGCGGGCAACAACAACUCCACCCCUCCGCUCUCACCCAGUCGUGCCAACCCUAUGCACCGCCUGCUCAAUCCCAACCCCUUCCAGCCUAACCGCAAGUCACCCUUCCUGAGCACUCCUCCACUGCCGCCAAUACCCCCAAACAGCACCACACCACCUCAGACACAGGACAAGAGCAAAUCCUGUGAAUUCUGUGGGAAGACCUUCAAGUUCCAGAGCAACCUGAUAGUGCACCGGCGAAGCCACACAGGUGAGAAGCCUUAUAAGUGCCAGCUUUGUGAUCACGCCUGUUCUCAAGCCAGCAAGCUGAAGCGCCACAUGAAGACCCACAUGCACAAACCUGGCUCAGUGACAGGUCGCUCAGAUGAUGGCCUCUCUACUACCAGUUCACCUGAGCCAGGUACUAGCGAUGUCACAGGAGAUCCCAUGAAGAACAGGGAUGGUGACUUCCAAGGCGAGGGAAUAGGGCCAGAGAAUGAAGAAGAGGAAGAGGAGGAAGAAGAGGAGGAACUAGAGAAUGAGAGUAGGCCUGAGUCAAAUUUCAGUAUGGACUCGGAGUUAAGCCGUAACAGGGAGAAUGGCUCCAAACCCCCAAAUGAUGAGAAGAGCCUCUCCUUGGGUAAAAUGGUAGACAAUGUGGGGCUGAACUCUAUUCAGCAGUACAAUAACUUGAUCGUUGACAAUCGUAAAAGGCUUCCCUUCUCAAAGAGGGGCUCUGAUGGACAGAGAGACACAGGAGAUGAGGACUCGGUGGUGGAGGAAAUGGAUCAUGUGGAGCGGGCCACCGUGAACGGCAGGAACUGUGGCUCGGGCGAUUCUUUCUCAGGCCUGUUCCCCCGCAAGCCCACCCCUAUCACCAGUCCCAGCCUCUCCAACACCUCCAAAAGGAUCAAAAUAGAGAAAGACUUGGACAUGCCCCCAGCGUCUCUAAUCCCCUCAGAGAACGUCUACUCCCAAUGGCUGGUGGGUUAUGCAGCGUCACGGCACUUCAUCAAAGACCCCUUCCUUGGCUUCACUGAUUCCAGACAAUCGCCUUUCGCCACCUCCUCCGAGCACUCGUCAGAAAAUGGCAGCCUACGGUUCUCUACUCCUCCUGGGGACCUGCUGGAUGGGGGCCUUUCUGGACGCAGUGGCACUGCCAGCGGUGGCAGCACGCCUCAUCUGUCUGGAGGCCCGGGACCAGGACGUCCUAGCUCUAAAGAGAGCCGGCGCAGCGACACGUGUGAAUUCUGUGGCAAGGUUUUCAAGAACUGCAGCAACUUGACGGUGCACCGGCGCAGCCACACGGGUGAGAGGCCCUACAAGUGCGAGCUGUGCAACUAUGCCUGCGCGCAGAGCAGCAAGCUCACCCGCCACAUGAAGACGCACGGGCAGCUCGGUAAGGAAGUGUACCGCUGUGACAUUUGCCAAAUGCCCUUUAGCGUCUACAGCACGCUAGAGAAACACAUGAAAAAGUGGCAUGGCGAACAUUUGAUGACGAACGAGGUCAAAAUUGAACAAGCUGAGAGAAGCUAAGCCAGAUUUCCCAUUUUGCCUCACAAUUCCUUGAAUAUAAAAAAGGGUAGCUGGAUACUCUGUUUGUUUUCCUUUUCAAAUAAUAAUAAUAAUGAUGAUUUGAAUUAGAUUUGCCUAAGAAACUGCCAUCUGAGAAAAAAGACAGAAGCUAAGGGAAAUUGGAGCGGGUCUAAACUGCCUAAUUUGGCAUUUUUUUUUUCAGUCUGUCAGUCUAAUAAUGGACGAAUUAGAUGAUGUUUAAAUGGAGCCUUUAACUGUGCAAUAAUUUCUGUAUUUAUUGGAUUUCGUAAUGUUUUGGCAUGUGCAGGUGCAUUUUUCUUUCUUUUUUUUGUUCAUUGUCUUACUUUUAAAUUCAAAUGCUGUGAUUUUUUUUGUUGUUGUUUUUAAACCCAGACAAAACAAAAACCUGAGAUUUAAUUUUUAUCCACAACAGAGUACAAUUUGAGAGAUUUUUAGGCCGCUGCUCAUGAAAUUGUAUAUUUAAGCUACAUGUAAUUUCUUGAAGAGAAGCCGGGUUCAAUCUUCGAUUUUUAAAGAAACUGAGAAAGCUAUCUUUUGUUUGUUUGUUUGUUUGUUUGAUUAGUCAUAUUAGGAUAUAAGCGGACAACAAUCCUUAGACUUUGUAGCGUGAACUGAUUUCAGACAUGUCAAUCUAAUUGGAAAUGUAGCACUGAAUGUCGGAUGUGACAGUAAAUCUGGAGGAUUGUGGAGCUCGGGUUCUACUUAACGCAGAGAAGAAAGGUAGUUCUGGUACUAAGUACCAAUCCAGACAAGACCAAUAAAGCAAAAAUUUUGCUUCAGUUCUUGCUCAGAUGCUAAAAAGUGUACGACCGUAAUUAAUGACAACAGGUCUUUUUCUUUUCUCUUCUCUAAUGCUGACUCUUUGGUUGCUCGUUUCUCCAAGUCGUUUGCUCCAACAUUUCCUGAGCAGGAUGGCUAGAGCAAACUCCGACUAUCAACGCGACUACCUACCUAGCUAUGACUAGCGCUAUGUUUUUACAUCAACGUGGAUAAUUAUAACCACACUGACAUUCCACAGACAGCCAUACGGUCUUAUAUGGGUUGAUAUCGAAGAUUAUGCAGGAGAAAUACUAUUUAUUAUCUUAGCUAGCACCUCUGAUUCUAAUGAUUUGAUGUACAUUGAUGAACGUUUGGGGCGAAAUGUUGAAGCGAUUUAGCCAGAUUAGCAGAAAGAUUCAGUCAUACACUCAUUAAUCAUAUGUCAAAGUGCAUUUUUAUGUAUAUACCAAUUUGCAAUCAUUUUGAGAAUUAAAUUUAAAAUGUACUGUAAAGGUGAAUACAUACACAAGUCGUAUGCACGGAAAAAAAAUAUGUUUUAAUCUGUUUAAGCGAAAACAGUAAGACUUUCUUUUUCUUUCUCUCUUCUCAUUCAGGACUUCCUGUGAUGUGUAGUUGAAGUAGCAACACGCAUAAAGAAUGCGCAGCUGAAUUUUUUAAAGCUCCCCUUUCCUUUCCUCCCCCCCCCUUUUUUUUCUCUCAACGAUCACUCCCAUCACCUAAAUCACAACCUCGAUUCGUAUUUUACCACACGAGGGCCAACAGUUUAUAGAAUCGAGGAGAUAUCAUGGUUAAAAAAAGACAGAAGAAGAAAAAGAAGAGAGAAAUCAGCCGCAUCUCUUUGCAGUUCGUCCCCGCACUUUAUGAUUUGUUUUGUGCAUUCACGACUUCACGGAGAAAACGGCUUCUGAGCAAGAAAUUACGCGGAAAAAGGAUUUUUAGUUUUGCGAAAGGGAUCAUCUGAGAUUCAAGUGCCCGUGUUGCAAGGCUUGGCUUUCACAACACCGGCACUAUAAAAGUGAAAUUAAUUUAUUUGGACGGUUUUUGUACUGCCGCAUCAAUUUGACAUGAGUGUGCCUUGAAUACUGAAUACUGAUCUUCCUAUUUAUUGUCUCGCAAAAGACAAAAUGCAACGUUUUUUUUUUUGUGCAAAAAAAAAAUAUGUCCGUAGAUUUAAUCUGCUUCUAAAAAAGGAACGAAUCAGCGAUCAUAAAUAAUUCUUGAAUAAAGAUUCUUGAUAAAGCGUAAACAGCACAAUAGUGAUGUGUCUGUGUUUGUAGAUAUGUAUGCAUAUGUACAUAUAGCACAAACACACACACAUUAUAGACUUAUAUAUGUAUAUUUCUUCACUUCAGGAUACGAUGGAAUCCCUUGGUAAAAACUGUACAUUGUUUUCCAGAAGUUUUUUUUUUUUUUUACAUUUUUUUUUGCUACAAAUAGACAAGGAAGAGACUGGACGAACAUCAGGAACUACAGAAACUAAAAAAAAAAAGACUUUAGUGCACUCUGUCUUAAAAUACGUUUACAGUAUUGAAACAAGUACAAGGGUAAAAUGAUAUUUCUGUGUAUGUGUGUUUUAAACAAACAAGUAUUUUUUCGUUUUUGGUUGUUUUUUUUUUGUUUUUUUUUUAUUUUUGCUUAUAAAGUUUCUCUGAAUGCCACAGUGGCUAUGUGUAUAUUGGUUUUUUGGUGACGGGGUUUUAGUAUAUAUAUAUAAAUAUAUAAAUAUAAAUAUAUAUAUUACAUUUUUUUUCUUGUUUACUGUAAAAGUAUACCAGUAUUUGUAAUAUUGGAGAAUGCCUGGGCAUUUUACAAAAAAAAAAGGAAAAAAAAAAGUUUUUUUUAAUGAUUUUUUUUGUUUGUUUAAUUUUGCAGUCCAAUUUAAAUGGUGGGUCUCGAUUCUUUUUUUUUUUUUUUUUUUUUUUUGUCACUGUAACUGUAAAAGUCUUGAGUUUUUCGUAGCUUUCUGCCUUGGGUGUGAGAAAAUAAAGACAAAUUAAUUAAAAAGAGAACUGCAAAAUUGAGCUCAUAGGCUGAAGGGCCUGUGAUGAUGAUGAUGAUGAUGAUGAUGUCAGGAUGAUUCCCCCCAAACAUUAAUACUUUGCAGGAAAAAAAACAAUCCUUGUCAUCUGUAUGUUUUUAUUUAAGCUGGAAUGGAUUCUCUUAAAGACAAUAUAUGUCUUUGUAACGGGGCUCGAAAUGUUUGGACCUUGCGAUGCGACGUCGCCCCCUGAGCUGCCACGGUAGAUCCAUUUUUAAUUUUGGGCAGGAUAAAACGGGAAGCAUUUUGCAUUUCUGAAUAUGAAACCUGUAUAGAAGGGAUUGAAAGGUUGUUCGACGGCCUUUUACUGUAGCUGCAUAUAUGACAGUAAAUGUUUUUGCUCACUAUUAUAUUGGUUGUAAAUAUUUUUUUUAAAUGCUUACCCAGACUUUUUGCUUUUUGGUUUUCUUUGUGUGUGUUGGGAGUGGCCCGGGAGCAGCCUGUCUUUUACCUGUUCGCCCUUCCACCCCCAGCCCUGUGUGUUCGAUUCUGAGUGUAAAAACGCGGUUCUGUACGGAGCCUGCAACGUGCAGCUCUCUUAGCAUGAGAAGAAUAGAGCACAAAUACAAACUG